AUGUGCCGUGUCUCUGAUAAGCCCUCUCCGCAUCUCACUACAAUGACCAACCCACAAGUGUCGGCAACGACAACCUCUACUAUAUCUGCAUCCACAUCCCUUGAUCGACAGAACACUCAGAUCUCUACAUGUGGGUCGCCGUUGCUACAUCAUGAGGAACUUCCGCGCUCAACAACAUCAGUGCCAACGCCGCCUGCUUCUGUCCCACCUAGAUCUGCGCGCAAGCUGAAAAAUACACGAGAUAUUCUCCACUGGUGCUACAAUUGUGCCUAUUCCGGAGACAAGAAGGGGUUUGACAAGCACUUUUGGUCUCAAGAGGAGCCAGAUUAUGUCCGUUCCUGUGAUCACGAAGCCUGCAAGGAGCUCGACUCUUUUGCACGAACUGACAAAUAUCACAAACACCUUCGUGAGCAACAUGGAGGCUGGACUGCCAGUGGAAAUAUUACUUCUGAAUGCAUCCACCUUCCGACGAAAUACUAUCGAGCUUGUGGAAUAUGCGACAAACUCUCUGGGGAGAAUGCUCAAGCUUUCUACGACCACUUUGUGGAGCAUCUGCAACAUGGCGCGGUCAAGACACAAUGGGACCCAAGGCUCCAGCUACGCAACUUGCUACGACAAGGGGCCUUGGGGUCUGUCUGGCACGAGGUCUCUGCGCAGCUUGGCUCUUCUCGGGAGAACUUCGUAUCGUGGUGUCUAUGCCACCCACCGGACUUGAUCAGGACGCUCCAAGGACAUCCGAGGCGAGAUUUGUGGCAGUCCCAUACCAAUACAGUUACGCAGUCAAUACGGCAGCUCUACGUCGAAUACCAGCAUCAAUAUGCGCUGUCGAAUCCACAACUACUAGCGCAACAAUAUCAGCCGUGGAUGCCGCCACAGCAAGUCUUGUUUAGAUGGGGGCAAGACCAUGCCAGUACAGCUGCAGAUACGUAUGGUAGUGACGUAUUGCAGCCUCUAUAUCGAGGCAUUACACGAUCCGACAAUGGUCCUUACGUUCCGAACGGAGCGGUAGACUGCGAGACAGGCUUUCAAGCCUUGCCUCGUGAAUUUCCGAAUGACGUGGGCGAAGCUUCUACGGAUCUAAGGGUCACCGUCAGCUCCAGAGAUUGGCUAGAAGAGCAGGAGUCUGUCAUGGGAUUUGACGGCUCGAGUGUGAGCCUCUUCCACGAGCUAGGAACCGCGAACAUCAUAAGUCGCAUCGAAGUCUCCUCAGGGCCAACGACUGAUGGCUAUGCCGUCAACCUGCCGUCUGUUCCGCGUGGUGUAUGGCUACCCGAUGUAGGAAGUGGUUAUGCUGAGGGUAUCAUGGUACGCGGUUUACCAGCGUCGAUGCAAACACUGGCUAUUCCACAUCAAUACCGGAAUGACGACGAAGACCGUAACUUGUCGUCGUGGAAUACCUUAUCUUGGCCGUCUAGCUCCUUGACGUCUUGCUCACGGCACAUGCUGAAAGAGCCGCUAAACCUUCCGAUCGACCUGGAAAGUGUCAACGAGCAGUCGUCCAAUGAUCUAGCACGGCAAGCUUGGCAGGAAGUGAUGCAGCUGGGCGUCGAAGGUGACUCAAUGGAUGCUGGGGACUUCUUGGCGUCCGCUGGUGGACAGUUGGACUCCUUAGACCACGUCGAUAGGCCCCUCAUCCAGGAAGGCUACUUUGCCAUCGACGACUGCCAUCGAGCAACGCCACUAUAUGGGCAGCCCAUGGACCUUGACCACGACCAGAUGAGCAUGCGGCUCCAGCCGGCGAUGGUGGACGACGAUGAUAUCGACAGUUAUCAAGCAGAGCGAGCAACGUGGGGACCAGGAAUAGAGUGUUCGAUGGACUUCGACUUUGGGCAAGAACGGUCGGCGCAUGAUACAUCGCAAGUUCGCGGAAGAGAAAUCUAG